CUUUCAACGAUUGCAAAGUAUACAAGCAGUUUUCAUUGACCUUUGUUUAUUACUUCAGGAAAGCCUCCGAAAUAUGAAGAAGUUUACAAAGAGAAAGCUGCACAACUGAAGGAACUAGGAAAGCUUUUAGUUCCUGGACUGUCGGACAGACUUACAGCGGUGGAGCAAUCGGUUACAGAGACAAGACAUGUGGCGGAUCAAACACACCAGCUUCAGCAAACAAUGAGCCAACAAAUGGAGAGACUUGAACAAAGUUUACAAGAAAGACAGUCUCAGUUCCAGUUAAGCGAAGAACGCUUAAGCCAAAGAGUUGUUGAGCAGUUGUUACAAAAUACACAGUUUCAGAGUAUGAUACAAACUCGAGAAGUAUCAAUGACUCGAGCAGAGACUACAGAUGAACACAUGGAAAGUAAUCCCAGGUCGCACAGAUGUAACCAGAUGAAAUGUCCCUGCAGCUGUCAUUUGCUUAAUCUGAACGAGAAAUGGAAGAUGGAAAGAGGAGCCGAGAGAAGAAAUAAUAGAUCUUAUUCUGAUCUGAAAACACCAUCUGAUUUCAAAAACGGCACCCAUGAUUUAUAUGACUAUGAUCAUAAAACGCCGAACUCUGAUCAAAGGAAUGAAUAUGGUCGUGAUAUGUCAUGUGUAAAAGAACAGGAAUCAAACGAUGAAUUACACGAGGUACUUGGAGCUUGUGGGGGUGAUCCAGGAGGUCCACCGAGCGACGAUUCCUCCAGCGAUGACAAUAGUGAUGAUGGACGCAAAAACAAGGACUACAGGAGUGCACAAAAUAAAGGAAACAAGAAAAAAGCAUGGGUUAUAGAUGCGGCUGCAUGGCAGAUUUGUUUAGAGGCUGAUGACAGUUUUGAAAAUCAAGCUGCAAAUUUAUUAGAACACAGGAAGCUGCCAAAUCAAGGUGUACUUAAUGCGGCGUGUGCAAAAUAUACUCUUUCAUCACCAAUUUUGAAGGACCUCUGCAAGUGUAUUUGCAGAUAUAUAAAAGAAAAAUCAGAAAACAUUGUACAUGUGUGGGCCGCGUAUACUUACAGAAAAGAUAGCAUGGUCUUUGGAAAUGAAAUAGUUUUCGUUGUGUUGACAACACACAAUGAUAUCAUAAAUGAAAAGGACUUUUCAAUAUAUCAAAGGUGCGUCUUAGAUGUCAAGACCAAGACAGAGAACAUGAAAAUAAAUGAAAAAGAACUAGAUACUAGUAAUCGCCCGUCUGCGACAGAGAUUGAAGACCUGGAAGCAUGCUUAAGAGAAAAUGCAAAAACAUUGAUGAAAGAGCACAGCGAAUUAACAAGAGUGACAGCAGGUUGGUACAGAGCAUGUGUAAAUGAUACGGGACAAUAUUCAUUACAAAAGCAACUUUGCAUUGUGCUCUAUGUACACGUCAAAGGAUAUGUUCCUUUGGAAGAGAAACCGUUUCCAACACAAAUAGGAAAAUACCCCGUUGAUGUUCGAGAGGGGAUAUUUACACUGUGCAGAGGUCCAAAUGACUAUCAUGAAAAACUUAAAAUGGGAUGUGUAAUACGUGGAGAAAAUCAAGGUACGCUUGGAGCGUUUAUAGAAAUUGAGAACGACGGAGACAUAUAUGGUAUUACUUGCGCUCACGUAGUGUUCGAUAAUAAAAUGUUAAAGAGGAUUAUUGAACAUGGGCAAAUAGAUUAUCGGAAUAGCGAAACUGGCGUAACUGUGUACCAGCCCGCCAGUGAUACAAUUGUCAAAUCUAUUGGUAGUGCUGUGAUUGGUCUUUAUGACGAAGGGGGAAAUGGAGCUCCAGGAAUGGAGAUUGCGUUGAUAAAGAUUAAUCAAGACAGAUGGCCUACCGAAGGAACAUUUCCUGAUGAUUCAAAUUAUAGACAAAAUGAAUUUGGACUUGACAAGCCAUUUACGUUUUGUUCUGGGAAAGUUUCGAAGCCAGACAGCCGUUUUCAUUCGCCUACAGUGUAUAAGUAUGGAGGGGAAAGCAGGCUUACAUCAGGGGAAUUUCGAGUUAAUGGCGCAUCCGUCAGAACUCGAACCACUAAGGGCAACAUUUUGGGAGAAGAGAUGAUUAUGCACGACCAAAUUGAAAUACAAUCUUUAUAUGGUAAACCAUUUGCUACUCAUGGCGACUCGGGGGCACUUGUUUUCGCAUAUGAACAAAAUGACAGUGAACUUUCUGCAGUUGGAUUGUUUGAAGGAAUUUUCGAAGGCGAAAAUAUUUAUACCAUGGCACCUAUGUAUGUUGUGUUAAAUAAACUAAGACUAAGCGGCAAGCAGUGUGCGCUGAAAAAAUUUGCACCUUUCCACUUUCGUUUUGAGGAUCCUCGAUUAGGUGUGGAUCUUUAUCAAAAGGUUUCUUCGCUUAGCGAAAAUGUUACUAUUUUAAGUAAAAAAUUAGAAAAAAAUGACCAAGGUCUUGCAAAAGAUUUAGCAAAGCACAAACAAGAAAUUACAGAGAGACUGCAAGAGCAAAGUGAAGAGCAGAAAAGGCAAAUCCUGGAACUCAAAAAUCAACAAAAAGAGCAAAGCGAAGAGUACAAAAAACAAACACAGGAAAUCAAAGAUCAACAAAAAAGGGAAAGUGAAGAGCACAAAAAGGUCGUCAUAGAUCAAACAACACAAAUACUGAAUUUGUUAAAGAGACAAAAUGCAUCGUGAAAUAGAUAGCUUGAGGUAUUCUAAUUUGUUGUAUCUUAACCCAUUUACCUCACACUCAUCUAUUGCCCCGUUGGCAAUAUAUCUGUGAAGUGUGGGUGUCAUGCGUGAAAUCGUUUUCAAAAUACUUAGAGAACGGUUUUGCUAACAGUCAGUGGUAAUAUUAUUUGCCUUUGGUCUAUAAGCAAUAUCCAUGCAAAGCUAGAUAAAUUCAUGUCAAUGGGUUUUCAAAAUACUGAGCGGGAAAGGUUUUCAAACUCAUCGUCUUUGUAACCUUGACCUUUUAAAACCUACAGGGAUCAUACACAGCCCAUGAGAAAUGUGCCUUUCAAGUUUUAGAAUCGUACGUUAAAGUAGACUCAAAAUACUAAAUAGUAAAUGAGACAAUCGAAAUUGACAGGGUCGUUCAAUGUCUGCUAAGUUUGAGGAUCGUAUGUUAAAGCAUUGUCAAGAUCAUCAUCGAGUGGAAACUCUUAUUGUACUAAAAGUCACCUUAAGUGUUUCGUAACUUAAUUUACUUCUUUGAAAAAUAAUAUAGGUCAAAUAAGUACGUUUCCGAGAGCUGUUCGUUAGUUUUUCGUAGAGAACAGAGAACGAAUACUUGUGACUUUUCUAUAAUUCAUAAUUAUGUUAAAUGCGUUUUCAAACAGACGAGUUGCAACAAUGUAUCGAUGUGAUAACUUGAAAAAAUGAGUUUCAGUCUGUAACUACAUUUCUUGAAAUAUUUCCAUAUAAGCAAUUACCUUUAUAUUAUGCGUGUAAAAUUGCUUUACUCUGAUUUCACAAAUAUAUACAUAUUGCAGCAUUUAUAAAUGUCUGAGUGUAAAAAACUGUCUUAUUUCAAAUUUCUAAUUUCAUACAUUUUCCAUAACGUUUUCUUAAUGUGGUGUGGCACGCUGUGUAAUUCUAUUUGCUAAAAUCUUCUAGAGUUUGUAUCAUUUUAUUAUAUUUAGAAAGUAGGCCUAUACAGACCUACAUAUUUUGGAAAGAUCUCAAUGCAGUUGAAAGUCGGUAUAUUUAGAUUUUUACUUCGAGAUAGCCAUACUUCGAUUUAAUAUGAUAUUUUGUGCAAAUGCUUUCGGGAAGGGACUUGAAAAUGUCUUCGAAAUAGCAGGAUUUCGAGAUAAACGAGUUCGAGAUAUUAAGUAUCUCAAACUGAAUAUAGAAUUUAUGACGAAAGAAAUAUACAUGACAUAAAUGGGUCAUCUGGGGUCAAAAACUAGGUCACUAGGUCAAAUCAAAGAAAACCCUUCUGUAUGCGAUAGAGGCUGUAUUUUUCAACUGAACUUCAUGAUUUUUUUUUCAGAAUAAUAACCUUGAUAAAAUCUAGACCAAGUUCAAAAUUGGAUUUUCUGCGAUCAAAAACUAGGUCACUAGGUCAAAUCAAAGAAAAAUAUUGUGUGUGCAAUAGAAAAUGUGUUUUUCAAUUGAUCUUCAUGAAUUUUGGUCAGAAUUAUUGCCUUGAUGAAAUCUAGGUAAAGUUUGAAUAUAGAUUAUCUGGAGUCAUAUACUAUGUCACUGGGUCAUAUCAAAGAAAAAGCUCGUGUAUGCUAUAGGGACUGCAUUUGACACCGGAUCUUCAUGAAAUUUGAUCAGAAUGUUUGUCUGGAUAAAAUCUAGUUCAAGUUUGAAUGUGGGUCAUCUUGGGUCAAAAAACUAGGUCACCUUGUCAAAUUAAAGGAAAACCUUGUGUACGCAAUAGGGGCUGCAUUUUACAUUGGAUAUUCAUAAAAUAUAGCCAGAAUGAUUGUCUUGAUGAAAUGCAGAAGGAGAUCGAAUAUAUGUCAUCUGGGAUCAAAAACUAGGUCACUAGGUCAAAUCAUAGAAAAAACAUUGUGUAUGCGAUAGAGGCUGUAUUUUUCAACUGAUCAUCAUGACAUUUUGUAAGAAUAAUUACCUUGAUGAAAUCUAGGCCAAGUUCAAAAAUGGGUUAUCUAGAAUGAAAAACUAGGUCACUAGGUCAAAUCAAAGAAAACCUUUGUGUAUGUGAUAAAGGCUGUAUUUUUCAACUGAUCUUCAUGAAUUUUGGUCAGAUGAUUGCCUUGAUGAAAUCUAGGUCAAGUUUGAAUAUGAGUCAUCUUUGGUCAAAAACUAGGUUACUAGGUCAAAUCAAGAAAAACCUUGUGUAUGCAAUAGGGACUGCAUUUUACACCGGAUCUUUAUGAAAUAUGAUCAGAAUGUUUGUUUGGAUGAAAUCAAGGUCGAAUUUGAAUAUAGGUCUUCUAGGGUCAAAAACUAGGUCACCGUGUUAAAUUUAAAAAAAACUUGGGUACCAAUAGGGGCUGCAUUUUACAUUGGAUAUUCAUAAAAUUUAGUCAGAAUGAUUGCCUUGAUGAAAUCUUGGCCACGUUCAAAUAUGUGACCUAGGGCCAUCUUGGCCCUCUUGUUUUGUUAUUUGUCUUUAACUAAAUUUUAUGGCGGCCUUAAUCAUACACAAUGUCAUAAAGAUCAUAAGAAUUAUUUGAAGACAGAUAUCAAAGUUUCUCUAAAGCAUCGAUACAUGUAUAAGUCACAGUGUACAGAGGGUUACCCCUAGCUUAAGCCGUCUUCAAAAAUUGAUCAUUGUCAAUAUAUAUUCAUAUGGUAUGGAACUGUAAGAUCUGGAACUAUGCCAUUUCUAAAGUUUCUGAUGUUCAUGAUGCUGGCAACAUAGAGCUGUAUUUGGUUAUUAUAUAUAUUUAUUUAUUUGAUAUAUUAUAUAUACAUGUCUUUAUAUGAAAUUAAUCAGUAAAAAUAUGUGUACAACGGUUUCUUGAGUUAUAAUAAAGUGUAGGUUUCUAUGUAUAGCUUGACUAUUUGAAUUUUUUUAUAUAGUAGAGCUUUUGUAAUUACCCUUUCGCAUCACGAAAGGUUGAAGUAUUGCAUGUAAAUAGGUUUCUCAUAAACUAUUUCAAAGUUCACAUAAUUAUGUCUUUGGCAUCAUGAUAUGACCUCCCAGAACAAGUUCUAUAACUCUAGGCCAAAUGCUUUCAAAAUUCACAUAUCUUGACAUCAUGAGAUUACCUCAUGGAAAGUUACUUAACUCUAGAUAUUUGUUAAAAUUAUGCCCCUUUUUAACAUAGAAAUUUUGUGACGGUUUUGCAUGUAAGCAUGUUUCUCAGGAACUACUUGACCAAAUGUUUUAAGAUUACCUACACAUCUUUGGCAUAAUAGGAUGACCUCAUGUGGCAAGUUCCAUAACUCUGACUUACAUUUAAGCAACAUUAUUCCCUUUUUUAACUUAGAAAAUUUUGCUAAAGAUUUUGUAUAAGCUAGUAAAAGUGGAAGGGCUUCAAAUUGUCGAGCGCGAUGUCAUUUAGACAUCUAUUGUUAAAGUACACGUCAUAUGAUACAAGGACAGUAACUUCUUCACCAGUAUUUAAUGAAUUAUGCCCCCUUUUUACUUAGAAUUCCAGGUAAAUUUUGAAGCACUUUCACUAUAUCUAUGUUAUUACUAAAUGGAUAUAAUUCAAAAAGUUUUCUACACCACCGUCCUUAUCAUAUGACACAAAGUCCAAAACUCUCGUGCAAAUAUUUCAUGUGUUAUAUCCCUUUUUACUUAGAAUUUGCCUUUGAUGCUUUUUCACUAUAUCUCCCUUGUAACUAAAUGGAUUUGAUUCAAACUUAAAAUGUUGCUCCAUAGUUAUGCACAAGGUCCGUAACUCUGGCACAAAUAUAUUAUGAGUUAUACCCCCAUUUUACUUAGAAUUUCAGGUUCAAGUUGUGAUGCACUUUUGCUCUAUUUCUUUUGUUACUGAAAAUAGUUGUUGUACAUUAUUAGCCGUUUGAUAUGGCACAUGGUGCAUUACUUUUGCAGAAAGUUUCCAUGAAUAAUUUUCUUUUUUACUUAUUUAAUGUUUUGAUAUACUUUAUCUAUAUCUCUAUUAUUACUAAUGCAUCCACAUUUGCGUCAAUAAACUCACUAGUAACAGUU